UGGAUUUUUUUUUUGCGUUCAUUCUACCACCUACCAUCUAAUACAUUCUAGCUUAUGUGGCGAGCAAGGUCGUUCUAUCUGGCGCUUCUAGCUGCACGCGUCGCAUUCUCGGUACUCCCGGCGUAUAUCCACCCAGAUGAGCUGUUUUCAGGCGCCAGAGGUUGCGGGCCAACGACAUAUUUGGCUAGAGGCAGUGCGAACAUGGGAGUUUGACCCACAGGCGCCGAUCCGGUCCAGCGUGCCAAU